GAGAAAGAAAUGCGCUCCUUUGUCCGAUCUUCACUCCAGAAAUCUUUGAGUCAAAACACAAUCGUUAUAUGUGACGCUUUGAAUUACAUCAAAGGUCUUGAUCUAUUUUGUUCAAGCUAUCGCUACGAAUUGUUUCUCAUAGCGAAACUCUGCAAAACCACUUAUGCAGUACUCUUUUGCCAUGCCGCCGAAGAUACUUGUAAAUGGCUGAACGACAAGAAAGACGAACAUUUGAGAAACCGCUGGGAUUCUCCCUUAUUUGAAGUGAACGUCGGCAAGAGCGAGAAAAGCCAUUGCGAUGGCGCCUCAGAAGAUAUGCAUUUGGAUUUGGAAUAUUCAUCCCCAAAGUUUGUUGAUUUGCCUUUAGAAGAUAUCUACAAAUGGUUAUGCGAGGGCACAGCGUUAAUUGAGAAUAAGAGCACCCAAGUAGUGCCAUUAGCACCUAUCAACUUUCUUCAAGAGCUCGACAAGGUCACCCAAGAAGUUGUUUCUGCAAUCGUAGAGGGGCAACGAAAUACACCUGUUGGACAUUACAUUGUCGUAACGUGCCAUCAGCCUAGCGAGAAUAAGUCAAAUCCUAUUGAUAGUAAGUCUAAGAUUGCUUCGCUGUUCAUAAACUACCUCAACAGUAAUACGUAA